UCCGGUAUACUAGUCAACAGGUAUGCUGAUGCCUGUCCGUUAACUGAUGCCUCUCAAAUAAUGUCUAAACUGCACAUUCAAAUUCAAAUAUGCGGCUUUGCAUUCAUAUUAUUAUUUAUAAGUGAUACUGAAAAAGUAUAAAAUAUUUUAUCUACACAUUACUGAUAAGUUAUGUACACAAAGGAUAGUAUGAUUUGAUCACGAUUACAUGGUGUGAUAUUUGUGCAAUGUUUCCUGUUGAUAAAUACAGAAAUAAAACGAGGGAUUUGGUUUAUACAAAUAUGUAACAUAGUUGAGUUUUACGUCAAACAUGACGGACAAAGCGCGGGAAAAUUUCUACAGAAGUGCUACAGUGAUUGUUGAUCACGGAAAAGAAGCCAUGACUGCUGUCCUGGAUGAUGACUUGUCUAAAAGACAUUUAACAUUUGUAGAUUUUAUCAAUCAAAAUCAACAUGAAAUUUACCAUUUAUGUUAUAACAGACGACCAUGUUGUCAAUGUAUACAUAAUAUAAUACCACCAGGUACUCCAAGUUCUAGAAUCCUUCGUGAUAAUCAACUGGAUGUAUUACUGGACAAAAGUGGACCAAGACUACCCAAUCACAAUCCUCGAACAAGAUCAACGUUUUGUUGUUGUUUAGCCAAACCCAACCUGUCGUCUGCGUGUCUUGAUAUAACUCUUACCAGAUGCUUACUAAUCAACUUUGCUGUUAAUUGCCGAACGACUCCCCAUUUGAAACAGACAAUAGAAAACCUCAUAGAAUAUAGAAAUAAAAUUUAUGGUCAUGCCAAAGAAGCAAAAAUAACUGACGCAGACUACCAAAAGUUUAAAACAGAUCUUGAACACAUACUUUUAACAAUUGCACGAUUCUGUAAUUUUGAAGAUAGAAUGAAACAGAAUCUUUUGAACGCUGAACAAAGACCUCUUGAUUCCACAAUACUGCUACAGUAUCAAAAUUUUCUUUUGCAAGAAUUAAAACAACAAAGCGACACUGAAAAUAAAUUGGAAGAGAUACAACAACAAAUAUCAGCAAAUAGCAGCAUAGUACAUAGUGAAUUGACAAAAAUUGAUGACAGAAUCACCAAAAUAGAUAACAGAAAACAGAAUAUAAUAGACCAAACAAAGGCUUACAUUGCACAACAUGAAGAAGAUGAAACAUAUUUUCCAACAUUGGGUGUGAAAACUGCAUGUGAAGUGAUGGAAAAAAAUAACAUCGUAAUUAUCAUGUCAAAUCAAGGAGGUGGUAAAUCAAAAACAAGUCUCCAAAUAGCUUCUAUUUACAAGGAAAAACAUUUUUAUCAGCCUAUGAUAUUUUUUUGCGAUGAUAUUGUUAGAUAUAGAGACCUUUUAAACUUGAAUGAACAGUCCUUAUUUAUAUUAGAAGAUUUAUUUGGAAGAACAACGUUAUCUUUUGAUGAGAAUACCCACAGAGGAAUUUUUGAUAUUUUGUACAGCUGUAUCAGUCAACCGUCUUGUAAAUCAAAAUUCAUCAUUACUAUGAAAGGCAAUCAGCAAACAAACAGAAAAAUAUUAGAAAGACACAAGCUGUUUAAAAAAGAGGUUAUCGUAAAAUUGGACUUUAAUCCCCCAAUAAACAAGUAUUUUAAGAAAGAGAUAUUGUUAAAGCAUAUGUCAAAACACAAUAUCAAGCCAUGCGGAACAUUCCAUGGAAGAUUUACACAAUGUAUUUUGGAGAUCGUAGAAAAUAGUGAUACAUCCUUGCAGAUAUGCAGUGCAUCAGUAGAAGCCAUUUACACUAGCCGUUUUGAAUCCGAUACAGGGUUUCCAUUAGCUUGUCACUUAUUUUGCAGUAAUAAGAAUUUUACUAGACAAGGUAUACGAUAUUUUUCACGUGCGUCUCAAGCAUUAGUCGAGGAAAUCAAUCAGUUGAUAAUCAAGGGAUUUGACAACAAGCUUUACAUGUACAAGUAUUCACUUCUAGUGUAUACCGCCCUCAAAGAUAAACUCAAUGUAGAUGACAUAGAUGAACAACUUUUGAAGUCGAUCUUGGUUCAUUUUGAAAAGCAAACGCAUAUUAAGACAGUCUUGAUAAAAGAAGCAUUUUCACAUCUGAAGGAAACAUAUAUGAUUGAACAAUAUUCAAUGGAACAUCUAAAUUGGAAACGUUUAAAGUUGUCGGAUACUUAUAUGCUACAACACUCUACUGUUAAGGAAGCUAUUUUGAUAUCGUAUGCCGAUUUUGUAGGUUUUUCGCACUGUGACGAAGAAUUUAUAUACGAUUAUGUCCGGCCUAAGGGUUUUAGAGAUCAGAAAAGUGAAGAUAUGACAUUCAUUUUUACGGAUUGUAAACCACUUGUAAAGAAACUACUCUCUUUAGCUUCUGGUAAUCGUGAAUGCUUUUCCAUCGGUAAAUAUCUGAACAUAACUGGUUUAAAGAAUAGAAACGAUACAAUGAUUAAACAUUUCUUUGAAGAGGCAAAAGAAAAAAUAAGAAUAAAGCAGUACGCAUUUAUUUUAGACGGACUGACAGACUUCGGAUCUGAAAACGACUUUAUUCUAUUUCAUCCUGAUAUAAGUAAACGUAUAGUUUUGUAUGGAAGCGCCGAUGUUGUAUGUUCUUUCUGUAAACCAAUGGAAUGUCCAUUAAGUAAUGAUGGUUUUGUAAAGGUUAAAGGUCAUGUUUUACACACACGAUUGUAUUCCAUGCUCAUUGGGGAAACAUUUCACGAAUACGAGACUGGGUCCGAAAAUGAGGGGCUGAACUAUAUAAAAGAAGAUGUAGAAUUUAAUCAUUACAUGGCGUUUUAUAGCAAUAAACGUGAUGACUUUUUUGACGAUGUUCAGAAAAUUGGAAAUUUUGUGUAUCAGUUGCUUUUCAUAGAAGGUGGGAAGAAGGUUUCUGAAAUGCUUUUGUUUGAUUUGGUUGUAAAACAAUGUAUCUUGCACCCUCGUAUAGUAAAAACAUUUUUUGAUGGUCUUACUGAUAGUGGGAGGCGAGUGGACUUUGUUAAGUAUUACCAAGCCUUUUCGAAAAUAAUGGUAUUUCGAUUUGCUAGCCUCCCAGUUGUUUUGAAUCUUUGCAGACCUUGUACUCACCCUGAAGAAAGUAAACAUUUCAUCAAAAUUGACGAUACAUUGCUGGCUAGAAAGUUAGCUGCACAGCUUGUACCAUCCGAUUCUGACAAAUACAUGUACCCCAAAAGAGAUCGUCCUCCGUUUGCAGAGUUGAUGACUCCUGGUGAAAGUUUUAAGGACAAUGAUGAUUAUGUUGUUUACCUAGAUAAAGGUUACUACACAAAGAAGUAUAUAAAAGAUAUUGCAGAAUACGUAUUCAAAUAUGGAGUACAGACAAAAAACCAAAGCUUUCUCAAGACAAUAUUCGAUAGAUUUGUAAUUUAUGAGACAAGGAUUAUCAACCUAAAUUCCCCACUCGAAGAUAAUGAGGAAGGCAAUAAUAUAUCAGAUGAUGAUAGUGAUGAUGAUUGGGAACGUUACUGUGAUGUUGAGGAAGUGUCACCAGACAUUUUAGGACACGUGGGCACAAGUAUGGAAGGAAAUAAAAGUAUUGAUAGCAGCAAUACGGCAAUCAGUUUAGACAACACGAAUACCAUUGAAAUAAAAUCCAAUUUAGACGAAGCAGAUAAAUUGACUGAAGAAGAACCUAGUACAAAAGAAAGAAAUCACAUUAACCACAGCACAAUAAAUGAGGCGGAUAUGGACAUGUCUACUGAACAAGGAUGCUCAACAUGGACAACAGAAUAUCUCAGUAAAGAUCAAAUUGAGGAAAGAAAAAAUAAAAAGUAUGGUAUAUUUUACAAACCUUCCGAUGUUUACUGCGAGUUUAUUUUUCUCAAAAAGUAUAAACGUCUUUAUUCUUUUCUGAAUAAAUUAAUGAUCCUAUGGAUGUUUGAGGAGAACAGUUUCCGAGUGCAUCGUUUUACAUAUCGAGGUAUGCGGAGUAAUUUUAUGCGCCUGCAAGAUUUGCUUUUUAAAUGUUACAGGGUUGAUGGUGAAGAGUACUAUAUGACGAGUUCUGACUCUGAAUAGUUAUUACGAUUUCCAGAGGACAUUAUGUUAUAUUUAUUUUGACUCUCUUGUAGUUAACAACGACGAAAUGAUACGUGUUUUGACUUUCUUGUAGUUGACCAUAGGUCACAAGAUCACUAGUUUGUGGAUUAUUUUACAUUUAGCUUAUGUUAAUAAUACAUAAAAUUUCAAGGCCAAUACCUUACAUUGUACCGUAUAUAUUUAUCAACAUGAAUGUAUAGAUGGGUGUUUAACGCCUAAUGAUGA